UCUUAUAUGUAACCCCGGCGAUCUCCAAUUUCAGCAUCUGUCUUCAAGAACACAGCAAAAAAAAUAAAAAUAAAAAAUCAGAAAAAAAUUUCUUCCCUACUUUUAAUUUCUCAUAUUUCCAUAGUUUUUGGAUGGCAGUGAGGUUACUGUCACAUGAGUUAUCUGACCUCUGUCUUGGCAAGCCAGCGUUGAGGUCAAUUCCUAUUACAUCCACCAUUGCUGAGGUACUCGAGGUCUUGAAAACCUCUGAUGAUAACUUUGUUAGUGUCUGGAGUUGUGACCAUAAGGGUAAAGCUAGUUCUGGGUUUGAAUCAGCUGGUGGUUUUUCUGAUGAUUGUAGAUGUGUAGGCAAAGUUUGUAUGGUGGAUGUUAUUUGUUAUCUUUGCAAAGAUGAAAAUUUGGUGUCACCUUCUGUUGCUUUGAAGGAGCCUGUUUCUGUUCUUUUACCUAAGACUCCUGGCCUUGUUGUGCAUGUGGAACCAUCUUGCAGCUUGUUAGAAGCAAUUGAUCUUAUUCUCCAAGGAGCUCAAAACCUUGUGGUACCAAUCAAAACCAAGCUCAGCAACAAGAGAAAACAGCACCAGAAGCCUUCACCAACUGUCACAAUCCACAAAGGCCGUGAAUUCUGCUGGCUAACUCAAGAAGAUGUGAUCAGAUUCCUACUCAGCUCCAUUGGCCUCUUUUCACCAAUCCCUGCCUUCUCCAUUGACACUCUUGGUAUCAUUAGCCCUGACAUCCUCACCAUUGAGUACCACUCCCCUGCCUCAGCUGCCACAGGAUUCAUUUCUCGUGCCCUGGUGGACCAAACUUCUGUGGCCGUGGUUGACAGUGACGGAACUUUGAUUGGUGAAAUUUCUCCCUUCACCUUGGCCUGCUGCGACGAGACAGUCGCAGCAGCCGUCAGGACCUUGUCCUCUGGGGAUCUAAUGGCCUAUAUUGACUGUGGAGGUCCCCCAGAAGACCUUGUCCGGGUUGUGUCGGCAAGGUUGAAGGAGAGAAACUUGAAUGGAAUGCUGGAGCAUUUCACAAUGUCCAUGUCUUCUGGUGGAUUCGCAUCUGCAUCUUCAUCCUCUGAUGAGGAGUCCAUGACUAGUCCAGUGUCACCUUUGCCAAGGUCAGGAAGGUAUAGUAGGUCAAUGAGUUAUUCAGCCAGGAUGGUGAGAAGAUCUGAAGCAAUUGUUUGUCAUCCCAAGAGUUCACUAGUGGCAGUGAUGAUCCAAGCCAUUGCUCACAGGGUGAACUAUGUUUGGGUUAUAGAGGAUGAUUGUAGCUUGGUUGGAAUUGUCACGUUUUCUGACCUGUUAAAAGUUUUCAGGGAACAUCUGGAAACCAUGGCCUGACAAGAUGAGAAGCUUUUGAUUAAAGUUUUGCUAAUCUUCUGCUAGGAUUUUGAUUAAAGAUCUUGCCCUUUAUUUCAUGAUUCUGGUUGCAAGAUUAUUGUCACGUGUUUGAAAGAUAGUUCUUGAAAAUCAGAUAGUCGAAAAAAGUGAAACAUGUGGGUACAAAUGGACUUGUCUAUCAGUUUCAUAUCUUAAAAAGCUCAAGAUCUUGCCUGCAAUUAUAAAAAAUUUAUAUGAAUAUAUCAACUGGCCUUACUUUAAGAAGCAGCUUGAGCUUGCAGAUUGUGAGCAUGACAUGGAUUCAGUUAAAGAUUUAAAUAGCAUUUAGAUGACGAGAUGUGUCAAUGUUUUCUCAGGCAAUAUUUUGAUGAUAGGAAAGUGAAAAAGGGCAUGUCCCAUUAAAAAA